CUUUCUGAAAGCACAAGUAUUAUAGGUAGGACCAGCCAGCAAGAUAAAAUGUUGUUAAUCCGUCAAGAUGGAAAAGUUUUUUCAGUAACUGGUAAUGGAGUGAUGGACCAUAUAGUAGAUUUAAGUGGUGAAUUAUCAGAUACAGCGAACUGGUUUGUUAAUAAAUUCACUCUGGGUGCUGUGCUGUCAUCUAAACUAAUAAGAUUUUACAGUUUAUCAACCGGUGAUGUUCUAUUCAGUAUGAAUACAUCACAAUACGGGGAUCACAUAUAUCCGGUUAUAACACCUGAUAUACUGACGUUAUUCUGGACGAUACAUGGGGCAUAUCAUUUACAGGGUACUGUUAAUAGUGAAUUAAAUGUAAAAGAUCAAGUACUAAGUUUACUGAGGGGUGGACCUGGAAACAACAAUGAAAAUUAUGAUCGUCUUGAAAUUCUUAUGCAUCAUUUCCCGAGUGAGGUUACCAAUACGAUACUUGAUAUACUGCCAAAUACUGAAGAUGAAACUGCCACAGAUUCAAUCGAUGAGUCUACUAUUAAUUGGAGUGGUAUAUUAACACCGGAAACCACAUUUACUAGUUGGAAAGUUACCUCCCAUAAUAAUAUGCCAUUGUUUGAAGUUCUCUGUCGUCUUAUUUAUAUUGGCAAACCUGAUAAAGUGGUACAGUUUGUGGAGUUUGCAAAUCAAAUGAGGGAGAAAGUGAUUGGUGUGACAGCAUUUACAAGAAAGAAAGAAAAGAUUCAACUCUAUGACAGAGCUCUUAAGUGUCUGCCACGCCCAGAAAACUCAGAUUAUGAAAAUGAGGCUGUAAAGGCACAAGUUUGCCUCGUCCUUGGAAGUGGUGAUGAUGAUUGUGUCAUGACAUCAUUAAAGUUAUUGUUGCAGUAUAAACUUUGGGAUGAUGCAAUAGCAUUGGUAACCAAGCAUGCUGACAACACACAGCAACAUUGUCAGUUGUUUCAUUUACUAGCUGCAAGACUUUUAAAGCACCUAGCCAAUACUUUUAUAGACAUCUGGUCUUUGUAUGCAGGUAGAAAAUAUGACAAGAAUUCUUAA